UUGAUACAAGGGGGAAAGUAAACAGAGGCAGACAUAGCUCAGAAAUUUCACUCCUUGGCAAGACUCCAGAUCCGCCGCCCCCCCACUGCCGGCGGCAAUAUGUCGUUUUCCUUCUUCUUCCCGCCGUUCUUCUCGCUCGGUCCGGACGAUGACGAAUCUGCCUCCUCCGACCAUGAGGAAGUCUGCGACGAAUGGGCAUCCGAUGAUGAUGGGAUUCUCUCAGAAGAUAAGUUUUCCAAGGUGUUGGACAACCACCUGAAAGGCGUGAGUGUGGCGGAGCUGGGUUCCGACGUGGAUUGCUCGAUUUGUCUGAACAGUAUUCACGUGACGGCUCCUGGUGUCUGGAAAUCCAAGUUACUUGCGCUCUCUGUCUGUCUCGGCUUCCGGUUGCUUAAGGGCUACGUCGUACUUGUGCUUAAGUCAACCGGAAGCACAAGCACCGGCGAGGGUCUUCUUUCACCGAGGACGCCUACGGUUCGGACAAUCGGACGGGCGUGUUAAUGAGGAUGUUAUCUUUGUAAUUGAUUAUUUAUCUGACUUCUUGGAAUGAUUCUUCUGAUUGGAUAUUUUUUGGGUUUAGAAGGUGCGACAUCAUGUAAUUAGGGGUUUUCAGUUUAGUAAUGGUACUUUUAUUUUGUUGCUCUCGUAUUAUGCUCUUGUUACUAAAUUAUUGUUUAGAUU